GUCGUGCGAUCGUAAUUACUGGUAGUGCUGUUUGCGAUUGUUGAUAUUUGCUUUCGUCAUUUGCGCUCCAGAAGUGUGUGCUCGGAGUAGAUAUCGCAAAUUGAAGCACCAAAAUAGUCCGAAAAGUCCGCAGUUAUUGUCGGAAUAAGCCAAGCAUUUGCAGAAUCUUUCAACAGAGCAUCAGCACCAGCAGCAAUGGCCGCAAUGGGACGAAAACUUUUAAACAAUCUGAAAAGUAAAGAAUUUCGGGAAUAUUUGAUGAGCACGCACUUCUGGGGUCCAGUGGCAAACUGGGGUAUUCCAAUUGCAGCCCUCGGGGAUCUGGCAAAAGACCCGAAAAUCAUAUCCGGCACAAUGACACCUGCUCUCUGCCUGUACUCGUUAGUCUUUAUGCGUUUUGCGUGGAAGGUCCAGCCUAGAAAUCUACUUCUCUUUGCGUGCCACAUAACGAACUUUACCGCACAAAGUGUUCAGGGCAGUCGUUUCAUCGAAUACCAUUACCUGGGUGGUAAGGCAAGAAUACAAAAGGCUCAAGCGCAACAGGCUGCUUAAAGUUGGUGUGGAAAUGUAUCCUAGACAUCACAUUAGCUCGAAUUAGCGACUCAGGAGACGUAAACCAUCAGACCGAUUUAUUUGCCUGCAAGAAAGUACAGUGUAGACAAAAUAUCCUGCCAUUCAAGAUAGGGACAGUGAAGUUUAGAUGAAAAUUUUCGCAAGUUGUUGUGUCUUGUAAAACUGACAAGAUUAAACAAGAUGCGAAGUAUCGUUGUUGAAUGUAACCAUCGACAUGUUCAACUAACUUACAAGACAUUGCUAAAAUCAGCAAACGUGUGAAAGGGAACCAGGAGAACAAAGUACGAGGGAAUGGAGAACGCAUAACGAUUUGGGGAAAAUGGUGCUAUAGCAAAAGAUCAACCAGACCAACUUGAUACACGCUGAGCAACAGUUAUACGGGAAAUAUUGUACCUGUCGGAGAAUGCCGUUCGAUUUUAGAACAUCGGGUUUAGUGUAGAGACAUUAUUCAUGUGCAUCUGACCUAGGUGUAUUUCUGCUGUGGCAGAGCGGUGCACCUGCUUCUAAUAGAGUAGUUUUUUAGACAAAUUUUUGCAGUUUUAAGCACGCGACAAAUUUUCAAGCGCACAAGUAAUAUACAACGGAGUUCAAACAGACAUUCGAUAGUAAUAGUCAAAGUAGUUCAAUAAUCGCACGGUACUGACGAUACGACGCAGGGACAAAAAACUACACUCCCGAUAAAUCCUGUUCUUCCUCAUAUUUUCCCAUUGCAUUAGACUGUACAGAAUGGAUGAUGAGCGCUGUGUGAAAGGCGAAACCGAAAGUUACACAUUGCCCUGCCAAAUACGAAAUCACACGACGGCAGGAAAUCAAAAUGCGUUGAGAUUUUUUUGUGUUCCUUUUAUUUUUCUCAAGUUAUCGAAAUACUGUGUACAACAUCAGUUAAACCUGUGAGGUAACAUAUAUUUUUUGUGUAAUGUGCAGAUUUCUGAGAUAUUUUUCGUUGACAAUAAAGACAAAUCUUAAUCGCA